CCGCACAGAUCAGAUGACAGAUAUGCAGCGCCUCUCCGCCGCCCCUAUGGUUUCGGUGGUGUUCCUCUCCGUAUUGGCGUCGUCGGCCAUCGUGGCCCUGGCAGAAACCGUCGGAAAAGAUGGUCAGAUGGAUGGACGCACGUGGAUGGGGAAUGCCAUGGAUGGAUGGAUGGUGUGUGUAUGCAGCUGGACAGCUCGAGAUGGCGGCCACGUGCCCCGUCGAUGUUGACCUCGAGCUCUGCACGGACAAGAAAGGCAGUAAGUAACCUGACUGGGAAAGUGCUGGUGCAACCUGACUGGGAGGGAUGGAUGGAUGGAUGGCUGCAGAGUUCAUGGCCGGCAUUGUGUGCAGCAUGGUGGACCCGGUGAGCAAACGCAGAGCAGCACAGCCCGCUACAUCAGCGGAUGGAUGGAUGGAUGGAUGGAUGUCUUUGCAGUGGGAGCGCCAGAUCUGGAAGCAAGAGAAGGCCGAGAAUCUCGAGAAGCAGGGCGACAAAGACGCUUAUUUCAAGUGGAUAGAACGACGGGCCGUGAUGAAGGACGGGUAAGGGGGAGUCAAUCGAAUUCGCUCACUCACGGCCUUGCGGCGGGCGUGUGUUGAUGUGCGUGUGCUGCUGCAUUCAUCCAGCAAACCUGUGUUGCUCAAGGACAAGUACCCGAAGGAGGAGUGGCAGAAAAUACCGGGUAUCCGAAUGAAGUGCAUCCACCGCACCUACCCAUCCCCCACCGAUUCGCCUGUAUGUGUGUAUGCAGGCCCUUUUGACUUUUCCGCAGAAGGCAAGCCGAAGAAAAGCUGCUGGUAAGCGCACUACGCCGCUCAACUCGGACAUUGAUAUGUGCGUGUGUGUGUGUGUGUGCGCGCGUGUAGGUGCAAGGAGAAGAAAAUCGGAGACAAGAAAGAGACAGUUUGCGAGGUCUGGCGCAUCCCUCCAGAUCUGUCGCCUGCAUGGGCCACACACACGACGCAGAGAACCACACGCAUACAGAGAGAUGUGUGUAUGCGUGUGUGCAGCCGGAGGGAGCCGUAGAUCAAGCUGGGUCAUUCGUGCAGACCGGUAGGCAGGCGACUGUAUGUAUUACAGUGCAGGUGAGUCAAUGGAUGGGUGGAUGGAUUGGUGGACAGAGGAAUCAGAGGUGGAGCAGUCCAUCGUGCGGCAGCGGCUUCAGGCCGAGGAGGGUAAGUGAGCGUGUGUAGAUGAUCUGUUCAUGUGUGUGUGUGUGUGUGUGUGCCGUCCAGAGGCCAACAAGCCCGCGGACACCAAGCACACCGGCAAGCCGACCAAGACCACCAAGACGAACAAGCAGAGCACCACGCUCGAGGGGGAGCUGUAGACUGUAGAGAGAGACACACACGCAUACCAUACGCACCACACCAAAC